AUGUACAGAUACUGCCCGCCAACAUAUUUUUCAUGUCUAGUUUGUUGUAAAUUUAACUUUUUACGAUUUUUUGAAUUGCUAUUGUGUGCGGCAUGUUUAGUAUUAGCCAUAUAUAUCACAAGUUCUAAUGCACAUGCGAUAAUUAAAACAGCCGUUAUAGCUGCUUCUAGCGUAAUGGGAUUCAUAGUUUUAUUUGAUAUCCUAGCCAAUAAAAUCAUGAAACAAAUGUAUUAUUCCACAUGGGCAAUGAUAUCCUUGGCAUCAUUCUACAGUUUUACCUUCUGUUCUGGUUUAACAAUGUUUCUUAAAAGAAGAACAUCCGAACAGUUAUUUACGAUAGCAUCCCUCGCAUUUCUAGUCACCGGGCUAUUUUUUCUUUUCGACUUCAUUUGGACCGCUGUCGAAUAUUGUAUAAUACGAGAUGUUUGCAUGAUUUACCCGGGUUGUACAACUUGUCCACCUGGCCCGCCACCGUGUCCGCAACCUUGUCCGCCACCGUGUCCGCAACCUUGUCCGCCACCUUGUCCGCCACCUUGUCCUCCACCUUGUCCUCCACCUUGUCCGCGACCUUGUCCGUUUCCACCGCCGUGUCCACCGCCGUGUCCACCGCCCUGUCCUCGGCCCUGUCCACCGAUCUGUCCACCGCCCUGUCCACCGCCCUGUCCACCGCCCUGUCCACCGCCCUGUCCUCGGCCCUGUCCACCGCCCUGUCCACCGCCCUGUCCUCGCCCAUGUCCACCGCCCUGUCCACCUCCCUGCCCACCGCCCUGUCAACCGUCCUGUUCUCGACCAUGUCCGCCGCCGAUUCAAAGACAGUUUACAUGCCAACCGUGUUUCACACCUUGUCCACCUUACCCUCCACCUUGUCCACCAUCUUGCCCACCAAUCUGUGAAGUACUGUGCCCACCACCUUGUCCACUUUCAUGCCCGUCACCUUGUUGCAAGCCGUUUCAAGUCCAAGACAGAUUCCCCUCAAACACUUGUCCUCAACCGUUUCCAGUAAUGUGUGUUCAACAAUGUCCAAAGCCUUGUCCACCGCCUUGCCCGUCGCCAUGUCCGCCACCAUGCCCGCCGCCUUGCCCACCGCCAUGCCCGCCGCCUUGCCCGCCGCAAUGCCCGCGACCAUGUCCGCCGCCUUGUCCGCCACCAUGUCCGCCACCAUGUCCUCCGCCUUGCCCGCCGCCAUGUCCGCCGCCGUGCCCUCCGCCUUGCCCGCCGAAAUGCCCGCCGAAAUGCCCGCCGCCUUGCCCGCCGAAAUGCCCGCCACCACGUCCGCCGCCUUGUCCGUUACCAUGUCCGCCACCAUGUCCGCCACCAUGUCCUCCACCUUGCCCGCCGCCAUGCCCGCCGCCAUGCCCGCCGCCUUGUCCGCCGUCUCGCCAACCGUCUCGCCAACCGUCUCGCCAACCUUCUCGCCAACCGUCUCGCCAACCGUCUCGCCAACCUCCUUGUCCACCUUGCCCGCCGCCUCAACCAUGUGGAAAACCGGCGUUUAUGCAGUGCAAACUACCCACAAUUUCGUCUCCUGCGACACCUGCACUUUCGUUUCAACCGCAAGGAUUUUCGUGUCCUGUAGACAUUUCUAACUUACCUGAAGUACCGCAUGCGCCGACAAACCAGUGCAAUUGCUAUUCGAAGAAUUGUACAUGUAAUAGUCGUAAACAGACGAUUAGUACCUAUCACGUCAAAGUCGAAUGUAAUUCCCCCUUUCCAGCUAUAGAAGGAAGUAUUCCCGUAGCUUUAGAAGUGAAACAAAGUAUGAAAAGUUCGUCCGCCAAACGGAAAGCAAAAUCGGCAUUACGGUUACCUUCCAUAAAUGAUGUAAUCAGAAAAGAACCAAUGAAAGUCGACAUAAAUAAGAAAUUAAAUCAAUAUAUUGAUGUACCUAAUAACGUAUUCCACAGAGAUUCAAAAUCACCUUAUAGUUCGAGUAGGAAAAUUAAAAGCAAUGAGGGAUACGAAAUGUCCACAUUCAAAAAUAGGAUAAAGGACAAAAGUAGCGAAACGACACAUUUUAGUUCAAACAAGGAAUUUAAAACUUAUAACAUGAAACAGUCAGAGGAAAGAAGGGAUUGUUCGAUAUGUCUUGUAAAAUCUAUUCCACUAGAUUUAAAUUCACCACCAUCUACUGCCAAUCGUAAUAUUAUUAGAAACAGCUUUUUAAAUGGAGAUAUUAGAAGAAGUAAUAAAGUGUAUCCUGAAACAGGAAGUAAUUUAGAGCCCAAAACAACUCUAGGAAAUGUGACAGCACCCACUCCACUAAACAAGCAGAGUGAAACCAAGUCCAAUCCGACGAGUGUUGAGCAACCGGUAAUAAUCGAGGAACUUGAUGAACCGUUGGUCGACCAACCGUCCCGAGCCUUGGAAGUUUUCGAUUAUCCGACAGAAGCGGCCUCAGUAAUAUUACCCGCAACCAAAUAUGCACCCGAACCCUGUAACAUAAUCACCAAAGAAUCGAGGGAACAACCGAAACUUAUAGAACCAUCGAAACUUGUAGAACCACCGAAACUUGUAGAACCACCGAAACUUGUAGAACCACCGAAACUUGUAGAACCACCGAAACUUGUAGAACCACCGAAACUUGUGGAACCACCGAAACUUGUAGAACAACCGAGUGAACAACAGAUGCUCGUACAACAACCGAGUCAACAGAGUCAAGAGAGCCAAUUCAGCAACCAAUUCAAUCUGAAGUACCAACUCGUAUGUCAACCGAUCAACAUUAACCUGAAGGGCCAUUUGAAACCUUUGGAUAAGAUGCAAAAUGGGCAAAACCAAAUUUCCCAGUCCCCCAAAUUAAAGGAACUCCCUCAGCCGAUCGAAGUGAAGCAAUCCACUCAAAUAAAACAGCCCAGUCAACCGUUCGAAGUGAAGCAACCCGCUCAAAUAAAACAGUCCAGUCAACUGUUCGAAGUGAAGCAACCCGCUCAAAUAAAACAGUCCAGUCAACCGUUCGAAGUGAAGCAACCCUCUCAAAUAAAACAGCCCAGUCAGCAGAAUCUCGCAAAGCUCGUUUCCCCGUCUCAAGUGAAACCAAUUUUCCCGCAUAGUAAAUCUUCUAAUGAGACCACAAGUAAAUCUAUCAAAGAGAACUGGGUAAUGCCGUCGAGUCGAUCGAUACCGGUUUGUCCUUUGAUCCAAAACGAUCCAAUUAGCCAGACGUCGUACGACCCUUUGGUAUGCACUCAUUUAACAGAUCUAACUUCGCCUAACAUGGAGGACCAAAAUAUUUGCCAGCCGAUAGUUCAACCGGACCAGCUGGACUGCGAAGAACCGGUGGCAGUCACUAACUUGGACGAUUGCUGUAACACGGGCGGGUUGACCUAUAGAUUAGUUAAUUGGGUAGUACCGCAAUAUGCAGCCACGUCGAAUAUACAUCAGUCGUAUACACCAAGCCCAAUUUCUGUAAGAAAACGAAGGCGAAAAAGAUUUAAAACAACCGAAUGUUUGGAGACAAGAUUUUCAGUUAAUAGCAAAGAGAGCCCGGAAGAAUAUAAUUCAGGCGCAUCAACGAGUAAAACGUACGUUACCUCAAGACCAUCGUCUUCUAGUUUUUAUUUACAUCCGAAAAAGAAAAAUGACCUAAAGGAAGGUUUGUCUUACAUUUGUUGCACUUGUGCCAAGACCACCGAUUUUAAACGUGCGAAGAAAGACGGAGGUGUUCACAUAUAUUGUACUUGCGGCAAAUGUAAAUAA